UUUCGUGUUUCAUCGACAGAUGUCACGAUUGUAGAAAAUUGUAGUCUCUUCCGUAUUCGUGAUCUUUUACAAAUGCAUUCAAUGAUUUAUUUGUUAUAAAUAUGUAUACGCGUCACUACAUUGCAAAAAUAUAUAUUCGUAUAUGAGUACAUACAGAUAUAUGUUUCAGAGAAUAUUUCUCAGUUCCUACACAAACGUAGCGAGGUUAAACAGCUGUUUCUACUGGAUGGUUGCAUUGACAGGGAGAUCGACAGUUAAGCGAAUGAUUUAUCCAAAAUUAGUUCUCUUAAAUGAUAUCGCGAAUAUUCCGUGGAGAAAAUGAAAAUGUCGCUGUUAAGAGAAAACGUCAAAUCGACACUUUGAAAAUUUUUAACGACAAUGUAGCAGAAUUAAGAGAAGAUGUGGAAUAUCAAGUACAGUUCAAUGCUGGAGAAAGGCGUAUGGCUAUCAUGGUUUCUUUGUCACCAGAGUUCCCGCUUGAAAAGCCAGUCCUUAGAGUUUCCCCUCCGAUAAAUCAUCCUUGGUGUAAUGAACACAGUGAAAUCACUAGUGCACCAGGCUUACUUAAUUUCACAGUGCAUAGCGAUCUUGGUCGUGUUGUUCAAGCUAUUAUUAGAGAAUUCAGUAAAAAUCCGCCUCAGGUAAUAGAAUAUGUUUCACCUGGAUCUGCCAAACCUCACAGAGACUUACAAGGAAGAAAUUCACCAUCCUACUCGCUUCAACAAUAUACAGAUAUUCCGCCUACUUCUUAUAACUCGUAUUAUAAUACACAGUUUCCACAGUAUUCAACUUCCGGUACAAAUCCUUGCAUUUAUAACUAUAAUAAUACAAAUUCUGGCAAUACGUAUGUCACAGAUAACCAGUCAAAAACAUUUGGUUCUGCAUCACAACAUUCAACAUACAUUUCAUCUUCAAGAAGUAACACACUUCAUAAUGCCAGCCCUUCUCGAUACACAACUAAUCAACACAGGGCAACAUACCUUACUUAUACAAAUACCAAUUAUCAUCCAACGUUACCAAGCUGUGCACAAACAAAAGUUGUGCAAAGUUUUAUAUUCCCAGAAUUAAAUAAUUUAUCAAAUGAGGAAUUGAAAAAACUUAACGAAGAUGAAGAUAGGCAGGAUGAAUUUCUUGAAAAACAUUCCCAAUUAAAGGAUAUUAACACAGCUAUUGAAGAUACUAUUGAUUGGGUAGAAAAGACAGCAAAAGCCAAUGCAGCAAAGGAACCUGAAUUAAAACAAUUACAAGCUGAUGUUACAGAAAAAAUACAAACAGUAGCUGUAUUAAAAGCUAAAUAUGACCAAUUAAUACAACGAUACAAUAAGUUGUCAGAAAUUUUUACGCCAGAUCAAAUAAAAGAAUGCCUAAGGCGAGCAGCCGAUGAAAGUCAUGAAGAGAGUGAAAAAAUAGCAGAAGAUUUUCUUAAUGGAAAAGUUGAUGUUGAGCGAUUUCUUAGCACAUAUAUUGAAUGUCGGAAACUAGGGCAAGCAAGAAGAACUAAGGAAGAAAAAUUGGCGCAUCAAUUAAACGAAUUGAAACGAGCUGGUUAUUAAGUUAAUAUAUAAUCAUUUUUUCUAUGAGACGAACAAAUUGUAAAUAAUCUCUAGAUAAAUUAAAUAAUAAUUUCAAUUCGAAUAACAAUCUUAUAUUUAUCAAAUAUUAAUAUCUAUAAUUAUUAGAGCACUCGCUGGCAGAGAGAGAUAUAAGAUUUUUAUAACAUAUAAUUAUUUGCAUUACUGCCUGUUAAACACUAUUUCUUGAAUUAAUUUAAACUGGUAGCAUUCCAUAAAAAAACAAGGUGUAAAAAGAUAGUAAAUACAGAAGUUCACUAAAUGUAAAUUUGACAAAUAUUCUGCUGCAAUGUACAUUAUGAUGAAGGUAUAAAUUCAAACUAAAUCCUUCAAUAUCUGCACUAUAACAUUAUUCGAUAAUUCAAUUACUUUAAAAUGUACUUACCUUGAUAAAAAAAAAAAGAUAAAAAAAAUUAAGGAAAAUUUAAUGGGCCAUUGCAUUAUGCAUGUUUCGUUUAUAUUUUUAAAGAAGCACUUUUUUUACUAUGUAAAUAAAUGUGCAGAGAUAUGAUUAAACCGAUUUUUAACAAUUUGCUACUCGUUGAUAUCAAUCAACUUAUUUUUCCUAUGAAAGUUCCUAAUAGAAUCUCAGAUUUUCAUAUAUAUUUCGCUACUUAUUAACUAUAGAUUUUAAAGCUCAAUAAUGUUGUGAUAUGGAAUGUUUUUUAAUAUUUCUAUCGUGAGAAAAUAGAAUAUGUUCCCAAAAUACAUUUUUAUAUAGCCAUCAUUGCUUUGAUUUUAACUAGCGAAUAAAAUAUGAAGGGGAAAACUUUAUUAUUAUAAAGGAAAAAAAAAAAAAUAAACAGAGUUUAGCAUUGUAUAUUACAA